AGUUGAGCGAUUUGUUUGCUUGAAGCAGUGUUGACUUCAAUUUCCAUUAAUGGAUAUCAUAGGAGAAGGAAGAAUAAUAUUUUGCGAUAGCAGUGAUCAUAUUUGACUUGAAACUUUUUAUUGAAACAGUUUAAGAUUUUUUAAACUUUUCAAGCCAGGAUAUUGUUUGGAAUUUUAUUUUGAAUACAUCAGUAGGGUAAGCUUAAGUGAAGCUUCACGGAGAAUAUCAAAUUUGAAAGAAUCUUGGAAACGCCUUAUUAAAUCUGGCCAGGCUGAGACAAUGCCUAUCAUGGAAUCGUCUUCAAGACGAAGGACUGGACUUGUAAAUAGUUUGCCUAUUUCAAAAAAAGAGCCUCGUAAAUAUUCAAGGAAACAGCUAGUUAAACCGUUUUUAGACACGGGCAAUUGGUUUCAAGGGAAUGAAGAAAAUUUAUGCGAAGACGAGUCAAAUGCAGCAAGUUGUGUUGAAACUACCAAUGACAAUAUAACCAACAUGCUUAAAGUUCCAACUGAUAAUCAAAAUGCUUCCAUUUUUGAUAGAUUCUGCCACCAAAUAUCAUUCAUUAUUCAUAAAGAGAAAGUAAUUACAUAUCCAGAUGUUUCUGAAAAGGUUUUGGUUGCAGACAGGGUAAAAUCUGCAAUCAAAACUUCAGUAAUGGAAGAUUUAAAAGGUCAUGACAAUAGUUCUGAUAUUAUAGCUGCUCAAGUAACUCAUAAGCAAAGAGCAGUUCAUGUCCUUCAUCAAAUGAGAUCAUGCAUUUCAUCAUUUUUACUCAAAAUUGCUGCCUGGGUUAUGUAUAAAUUGUUAGGAAAGAUGCUUGAUGGUAUUGAAGUACGUAGAGAUCAAGUUGAGACUCUCAAAAGAGUAUCUGAGGAAAAAAUUCCAAUUAUUUACUUACCACUUCAUAGAAGUCAUCUGGAUUAUAUUCUUGUUACUUUCAUCCUUUUCAUGAAUGAUAUGAGAGCCCCUUUAGUGGCAGCUGGAAAUAAUCUGAUGAUACCCUUUUUUGGCUCACUUCUAAGAGGUCUUGGUGCUUUUUUCAUAAAAAGGAAGUUAGAUCCUCAAAAUGGACAACGUGAUUUUGUGUAUCGAGCGAUUCUUCAUACAUAUAUGGAAGAGAGUUUGAAAGCUGGGCAUAGCUUAGAAUUUUUCAUUGAAGGUGGUAGAUCUCGAACUGGAAAAGCUGUUUUACCUAAGGCUGGGUUGCUCUCAAUUGUAGUUGAUACCCUGAUGUCAGUUGGAGGAAUCAAAGAUGCAUAUGUUGUACCCAUUGCCAUGAGUUACGAAAAAUUGCUAGAUGGAAACUUCAUAUCAGAACAGUUGGGAAGGCCAAAACAAAUGGAAAGCUUUACAACUGCAAUAAAAGGUAUUUGGAGAAUAUUACAUUCUAAUUUUGGGACAGUUAGAGUAGAUUUUUGCAAGCCAUUUUCCCUUAAGGAAUUUUUGUGUGCUGCUGAGUUUUCUUACAAUUCUCCUGCAACUGCAUUGCAACCAUCAUUAGGGCAUCAGAAUCAGCACUUUUUUAACCACAAUAUGAAAUCCAGACGAAGAUCAGAAUAUGGAACAGAGAUUGUGUCGGAAGAUCAUAGGCAGUUAAUUAAGGAUCUUGCAGAUUACAUUGUUUAUGAUGCUUCAAAUGCUUAUUCUCUGAUGUCUACAAAUCUUUUGGCUUUCUUGUUGUUGACUAAACAUAGGAAGGGUACUACCUUUGAUCACCUAGUAAACAGCAUGAGCUGGUUGCGAGAGGAAAUCUCGAAAAGGAAUAAAACUCUCAAUUGGCACGGAGACUCUGAUGAGCUUGUUGUAAGAGCUUCUAGAUUAUUAGGUAGCAACCUUGUACAUGUAGAAACUGUCCAAAUGGAAUGGUCUUUAGAUCAAACAAAUAAUAACAAUAAUAUGAAAUUAUAUUAUUACAAGCCAUCUGUAAACCUGCCAGAAGUCUUAGAACUUCAGUACUAUGCCAAUUCUGUUCUGCCAGUCUUUCUAAUAGAAAGCAUUAUUAUCAAUGCUGUCUAUUCAUUUGUUUCUGAUGACACUAUAAAUAGAAAUGAAGAAAAUAACACUUAUGUACAAAGGAGUAACAUUCUGAAACAGUCUUUAGAAUUGUGUAGCAUAAUGCAGUAUGAGUUUAUAUUUUCCCCUCCUGGAACAAGUGUUUGUUCUGUUUUGAAUGCAGCAAUUGAUGAUCUGUUAGAAAACUCCUUAUUGCAAUUAAAAGAUAAGUCUGUCAUUGGUAACACUACUGAUGCACUUCCUGAUCUUAUUGUUGAUGACUUUUUCAUUCAUGGUGAUAGACAUGAGUUAAAACAGGAAAUUACGUUUAGUACAGAUCAUGAAAACCUCAGCAAUGUUCAUUUUCUACGCUGCAUUUUAUCCCCAUUCAUUGAAUCUUACUUCAUAGUGGCCUCAUCACUGCCCAAACUUGUUGAUUCUGAAUUAGAAGAGACAUCAUUACUUCAAGAAAUCAAGAGCUUAGGUUCCAAACAAAUUCACAUUGGACAAAUUUGUCAUGAUGAAUGCUUAGGUUUGGACACAUUGAGAAAUGCCCUGAAAUUGUUUGAAAGUUGGAAAGUUAUUGAUGUUAGAUCACAUGGUUCACAAAAACUCUAUUCACUUCAUCGAUAUUAUAAUGACACACACAGAAUUGAUGAUAUUAUUGUGAGGAUAAGGAAAUUUAUGCAUUAAAAGUAGGCAAUUCUUGAAGAAAAGCAUCAAAGAAAUGAAUUAUUGAUGCCAAAUUUUUUUAUUGAACUUUUCAAUUUUUGCCAUUUUGUAACUCACAAGAUGAACAAUUGUGGUUUUUGAUACUUAUUGUAUUGAAUGAAUAUAUUUUGUGAAGAGGCUUGUAAAUCAAUAUUUUUUGAAAUGUGUUUAAAACUAAAUUUACCCGUUUUUUAACUGACUGUAACAUUUGAGUGUGUGUGUAUGUGUAAUGUAUGAAGUGCCAUUUUCUUGCAUCAAGAAAAUGUAUAAAAUCUAUUUUCUGGGUGUAAGUUCCAACAUCUUUGUUAUGUCAUAUUUAUUGUUAAUAAAUACUUUUAAAUGCGUU